AUGGCGGUUCACUACUGCAGACAGAAGAACUUCCAAAGCCAAUAUCACAUCUCCUUCUUGCUUCCCCUCUUCUCCAGGCACACGACGCAGGCGAUGGAUCUGGCAGAACGUGUCAAGGCUGUCAUCGAGGCUGACGUCCUGUCGUCUUGGCAUGGCCUCUCCACUGCGGCCUCGGCGCCGAGACGACCGAGUCAUCCUGCACUUUUGCAGAACCGGGCUCCCGGUGGCCUUCUGGCCGGCCGUUGCGUUGGCGUCACCCAGAAGAGCAUCCUGGCCACGUGCAACUAUGCGGCUCGGCGUCGUGGCGUCCGCAAGCUGAUGCGCAUCAGCGAGGCUCGCCGCGUGUGUCCUGACAUUGUGCUUGUCGACGGCGAGGACCUGUCGCCGUUCCGGGAUGCGUCUAAGCAGCUGUUCCGCCUCGUGCGGCACCUUGUCGGUACUUUCGACGGCGCUUCAGCCAGCAGCUGUCCUGUCGAGCGGCUUGGCCUAGACGAGGUCUUUGUCGAUGUCACCAGCCUCAUCGACGCCAACAUCGAUCGUCUGCACGCCCUGCCCGAACUACACGAUCGUACACGGGCCUUCUUUCAGCUUCCAGGCGAGCCGGACUCGCCCGACGACUUUGGCUUCGCCUUUGAUGCCACCUCGUUUUCCGGUCAUGUCGUCGGACAAGUUCCCGUCUGCUGGCCCUCGUCCUUCCAUCGGCUCCUCCUCGGCUCUCACCUCGCCGCUUACCUGCGUGGUCGCCUAGAGGCCGACGCUGGCUACACCGCGUCUGCCGGCAUCGCCACCAACAAGCUGCUGGCCAAGCUGGCCGGCAAGCAGCACAAGCCGGCCGCCCAGACAACUUUGUUGAGUGACGACACCGUCGUGCUCGCCUUCAUGGACGUCUUGCCGCUAAGCAGCGUCACCGGCAUCGGCUUCAAGACGAGCCGCCUCGUGGCCGAAUUCGUUCGACGGGAGUCCGAGCAACUAGACCAGCCGGAACAGCCAGAAGAACUGGACGGCUUCGAUCCUGAUGGACGGCCGUCUGUCAAUGUGACCGUCGGUGAAGUCCGUCUUUAUCCCCAUAUGUCGGCACGUCUGUUAGAACAUGUCUUAGGAGGCGAAUCUGGGUCGUCUUCUCUCCCUCCUGCCUCGCGCGUUUGGGCUCUUUUGCACGGCGUUGACGACACCCCUGUGCGCCCGGCCGCCGAUGUGCCCUCACAGAUCAGCAUCGAGGACACGUAUGCGGGCCCGCGCCGACAUCUGCUGCAGCCUGGCGUUGGUGCAGCCAUGCCACCGCCUUCCGUCGUCGACGAGCUGCGCAAGCUGGCCACGUCGCUGCUGCGCCGGAUGCACGUCGACCUCUUGGGCCAGGAGCCCGUUGGUGGAGGUCCAGCCUCCAAAAAAACAUGGCUCGUUCGGCCGCGGACGCUUCGGCUAACUCUGCGUCCUCAACCCGUCGAUCCCGAUGCUGCAGCCACUACCACCACCACCUCACCCUAUGCCUACUCUCGUUCCAGUUGCAGCCAGCCGCUGCCCGGCUUUGUAUUGAGUCUAAAUACGCCAUCAUCCCAGAUUGUCGACCGUCUGGUGACCGGCAGCCUCGUUCCCAUGUUCCGUCGGCUGGCCGCCGCCGUGGUGCCGCCAGGUGCCAGCAGCAUUACCGACAGCCGCCUCACACGUCACUCGUCGGCCUCUUCUGCCUGGACCGUAGGCCUGUUGAACGUGUGCGUGGCCAACAUGGCACCUGUGGCCGCCGAGGGCGACAGCAUCGCCGCCCUCUUCCGUCGCCAGGAACAAGAGAUAGAAGGCGCUGAAAGUAGCCAUGGGCUUCGUCUCGGCAAUACGCAAUUUCCCCCGUCUCUUGCCGUCGCCAUGUCCAACGUCAAAGACCAUCUCGUGUCUUCGGGCCAGCACUACUCGGGUGCCAAUCGAGUGCCCAACAUCAAGCAGUUCGUCGAGAGCCUUGACAAGGAGAAGAGGCUGCGCGAUUCCGAGCUCGAACAGCGUCUCAGAGACAAGGCUGCCAAUCAGUCUGGUGAGGCUACCGACCACAAAAAUGGCAAGCCUGGCCGACUCAACAAUCGUCGAGUGGUGACCGACCCGGUAACAGGGAAGGAUGUCGAGAUCGACGACAUGGAUUCGUCCAUGCUCAAGGCCGCAAAAGACCCCAAGCUGUCCGUUCCCAACGCCAAUCUGGGCAAGGACACCACUGCCCAGACCAGACACACACAGUCCGGUGAGGAGUAUCGCCGCAAUCAGGACAUCACCGCCCCACCCGAUCCCAUCGAACCAGGUUCCACCAGCGAUGUCCCCAUCCAUGGCGAGAAGACCAACGUGCUCUUCCACCCUACUCCGGCCGUCAGCUACGAGCCCAUGUUCGCCGCCAUUCAGGCCCGUGCCAACGUUCUCUGUGCCGGUCUCUUCCUAGCCGUCCUCUUCCUUGGCCGCCUGUUCGGAGGACAUCUGCUGGGUCUGGUGCCGCUGGCCGCCGGCGUCGCCUCGGCCGUCUUCCUCUGGACCCAGGACCUUAUCCGCCGUGGCCGUGACGUCGAAUGGUCUAGCGAGCAGAAGCGCGGCGAGACCGCCGUUGUCAACCUGAUUCCCGAAUCUGUCGAAUGGCUCAAUUCAGCCGUGUCCCUGGUCUGGGGCCUGGCCAACCCGGACAUGUUCUCCACCGUGGCCGACACCCUUGAGGACGUCAUGCAGGCCAGCGUACCCGCUGUCAUCGAGAACGUCAAAGUCAACGAUAUCUCCCAGGGCACGAAUCCCAUCCGUAUCCUCAGCCUGCGCACCCUUCCCGACAGUCACUUGCAGGAUCUGCGCGACGAGAUUCGCAAGCGCGACGAGCGGGAGAAGGACCCCAACGAGAUAGCCGCCGAUGAGGAGGGCGGUGACUUUUAUAAUCUCGAGGCCACUGUUGCAUACCACUCGCUGCCAUCGAAUGCCGACGUCUCCUCCAAGGCCCGUAACAUGGGCAUGCAGCUGGUCUUUUACCUCGGAAUCAAGGGGCUUUUUGGCGUGCCGUUUCCCGUCUGGGUUCAGCUGGACGGUCUCGUCGCCACGGUGCGCCUGCGUGCCGCUCUCGGACCUAGUCCCCCGUUCAUCAAGACGCUGAGCUUCACCCUGAUGGGCCUGCCCAAGAUCCAGGCCAGCUGCGUUCCCCUAAUCGAAAAGGGCGCCAACAUCCUCAAUUUGCCGCUCAUAUCCACCUUUGUCAACUGGGCCAUCGCCACGGCCGCCCACAUGUACGUCGCGCCCAAGUCCAUGACCCUCGACGUCGGCAAGAUGCUACAGGGCGACACGAUCCAGAAAGAGACCGACGCUUUGGGCAUACUCUUCAUCCGCAUCAACAAGGCCGUCGGCCUCAGUAAGCAAGACACGCGCGGCAGUCGCGGCGGCGGCUCGGACCCGUACAUCUGCAUCGCCUUUUCCAAGUUCGGCAAGCCGCAGUAUUGCACCCGCGUCAUCCAGGACAACCUAAACCCCAUCUUCUCCGAGUGUGCGGCGCUGCUGGUUAAUGCAGACGUCAUCCGUGCGGACGAGCAGCUCUCGCUGGAGCUCUGGGACAGCGACCGCUCGUCGGCCGACGACGUUGUCGGCAAGGUCGAGCUCAGCAUCCAGAAGCUGAUCCAGCAUCCGGGCCAGAUGUUCCCGCAGGUGUCGCAGCUGCGCGGAGUCAAGGCUGAGAGCACGAUGCCGGGCGAGCUGCACUGGGAGGUGGGCUUCUUUGGACGCACACAGUUCCGCCGUGCCCUGCGCACUGACGGCAAGGACCCGUUCAUACCCAAGGAGCUUCAGGACAAGGCCGAGCUGCAGGAGGACAAGGGCGUGGCCAACACGGAGGAGGAAGACGCAGUCAUGUACACGCCGCCGGAUCCGUUGUGGCCGAGUGGCAUCCUCAGCAUCGUGGUGCACCAGAUCGUCGGCCUAGAGCUCGAGAACAUCCGUGGCUCGGAUGGGAACCGCAAGAACAAGGAGUACGAGCCUGCGCGGCCCGAGGCCGGCGAGCUCAAGGAAGAGCAGGGCAAGAAGCUGCCCAGCGCAUACUGCACCAUCAUCAUCAACGAUGAGCUGGUGUACAAGACGCGGACGAAGGUGGUGUCGUCACGGCCCAUAUUCGAGGCCGGCACCGAGCGGUUUGUGCGCGACUGGCGCUCGGCCAUUGCCACCAUCACCGUGCGCGACUCGCGCCACCGUGAGCAUGACCCUAUCAUCGGUGUGGUGCCGCUGCGGUUGACCGACAUUCUGCUCAAGAGCAGCCAGAGCACGCGGUGGUAUCCGAUAGACGGUGGCAUCGGAUUUGGCCGCGUGCGCAUCAGCCUAUUGUUCCGCUCUGUCGAGCUGAAGCUACCGCCGGCCCAGGUGAGCUUCGGUGAAGUUGGUACGUUUGAGUUUCUCUCAGACGCCCUUACCACGACCGGCUAUGCGCCGUCGUCUAGUGUGAAGAUCCGCAUGCGCACAGGUGGCAGCACGGCACGGAUCAAGAGCGACAGAUGCUCGCGGACUGAAGAAGGCAACGGCCUGCGCUGGGACAUUGGUGCGCGGUCCGGAAAGACGGUGGACGGUCAGGUCGAGAAGGACGGAAGCGAUGGCCGGGAGAUCCCUGUUGGAAAUCUGCGUCUGCCAGUGCAGUACCGAUAUCGUUCGCCGGUGUUCUUUGAGUUCCACGUGUCUGGCAUCCGCAGCAAGAAUGCGUUCUCGUCCAUCUGGCUGCAGGAUCUCGUGGACAACGAGGAGAAGGAGUUUGACGUGCCGGUGUGGACGUGUGACAACCCGUUGCGGCUCUCGCAGAGCUACAUAACGGAGGAGAACUGCAAGGAUGUGCCGGAUCUGAAACUGGAACAGGUGGGCCGCCUGCACUUUCGCGGACGUUUCAAACCCGGCACAGACCGGGAGCACCUGCGGUUCGUGAGUGACAACGACUCGCGCGAGACAAUUGAGAGCUGGGAGGCGUGCUAUGCCGAGGGCGUGCGUGGCGAGGAGGUCCAGGCCCAGGUGCCGAAGCUGGUGCGCCACAUGCACGAGAGGUCGUUGACGCAGGGCCGUGAUGUGUUGGCCCAAGCGCCAGAAGAGGACAAGCAGCGGUGGCUUGGCAAAGACGGGACUGAUUGGACGGGAGCCUUUGGCCAGGACGAAGCCGAGAUGGAAGAGGUCAAUGGUGCUGGCGAUGGCGUGGGUGAGGGCGAGGAAGAGAGAGACCGAGAUGCUCUACAGAUUCCACGCCACCACGAAGUCAGUGGUGAGACCCAACGUGGUCAGGCUGUCGCGGUUGAGGACGAGUAUUUCGACGACAAUGGAAGCAGCAGCAGUUGCAGUACCGCGAAUAGUGGCGCCUUGGUCGACCUGGGCGUGCAGGAUGGAAACAUGGUCACGCCCGCCAAACGAAGGAGCAGCGGGAUCCAGAACCUAGUUGAGGCGUCGACCACGAAGAGCCUUGCUAGUGGUGUCAGUGGUACCAGUGGUGCCAGCGGCAGCAGUGCUGCCAGCGGCGGUGGCAGCAGCCUGAACCCGGUCAAGAAGUACAAGGAUUUCAAGGAUCGCAGCCGGGAUCUGCACCGGAAGCAUAGAGGUUUGAUGCAGUGGAAACCUAUGCGCAACAUUGCAUUUGCCAAGGACGAGGCCACGUUUGCAGUGCGGCGCGCACUCAAGGUCGGUAAGCUGGAGGGCCGAACACCAGACAUUGAGACGGAGGUGUGA